AUGCAGCCAGUACAGCUUUUCUUGUUAGGGUUUGCUGCAAUCUUUAUUGCUCAGGCGACUGGAAACGCUCUGCCCGAAAGGUCAUCAGAUGUUGGGUACGGCGUCAGCAAGCGCUCCCUGUUGAACUUCGGUCACAUGGUGGCGUGCGCUAUACCGAACGUGGGCAAUGCCAUCACGGCGGCGGCGCGCUACAACAAGUACGGCUGCUACUGCGGCGUCGGCGGAUCCGGCACGCCGGUGGACCCCAUAGACCGAUGCUGUCAAGCGCACGAUGCAUGCUACGGCGCAGUCACGGCGGCGGGAUGCAAGACCUCCUACACGGACAUGUACCACUGGCAAUGCAAGCGUGGCGUGCCGGAGUGUACAACCUCCAAGUUUAUGGAACAUUUUGGUAAGGCCCCAAGACGACUUUAA